GAGAAUUAGUAUUAGUAUUUUGGCAGCUGGUGAGGAGGGGGGGGAAGGCCAGAAAAGAAUGGAAGCUCCAGUUGUGCUCCAGUAUACAGUGUAGAAACAGUCAUAACGCUAACAAAAACUCAUGCUCAACAAACCUCCCAGGGCCGAUGGUGGGGGGGGAAGGGAAGGAUUGGCGGAUCCACCGGCGGAGCUAACUGCCUCGGGGCUAGUCUAGGAGGAGCAGGAGCAGGAGCACUCCGUUGGCAGUGGGAGUCUGCAUGAUUGCCCGAUCUGUAUAGAGCAUAAGCGGUGUAAGGAUAAUGACGGUGAUAUCAGCCGGAAUGGGGUAGGGUCAUCUCGAGGGCUGCACGAUGAUUUGUGUAACCACCAGUGUGCCGGGCAUUUUUGCAUUACAACAGCUCAGCCCAAACAGUGUCUCCCUUUUGCUCCCAACUUCCCAACAAGCCAAUUACUCCUUGGGAUGUGCGAGUUUGACACUUGCCAGUCGUCCAGAGUUUAGUCCGGCCCGCAUCCCCCACCGAAUCUCAACAAUCCUUAACAACUCCUGCUCCACCGUUGGAUCCGAGCUCGGCCUGGCAAAAAAAGAAAGACACAGAAUUAUUCCCAGAUCUACUGUGUAUUUUCUGUCCCCUCCUCCGGCUUCACAUCCAACAAUUCCACCCCCUCCACCCCCCCCAUCACUCAAUUUCCCCUCCAUUCCCUUUUUUUCGCUUUCUUCCUUCUCUUUUCUCGAAUUCAAUUCCAUAUCUCUUCUUCUUCCAUCUCCUCCCCUACCUUCUUAUUUACUCUCUAAAAGUACUUACCUUAUUUCUUUGUCCUACUUUUAUACUCCAUACUUAAUAUCUUCUCUUCCUCUCUCUCCAUCCUACCUAUACAUAUUCUCCCUUCUUCCAAUCCUAUAAUUCACAAUGUCCGCGAAGUCGAUCCUCGAAGCUGAUGGCAAGGCCAUCCUCAACUACCACCUCACUCGUGCUCCCGUCAUCAAGCCUACCCCUCUCCCUGCUUCCACCA